AUGUCGUUUCUGAAAGUAUCUGGGACGAAGCUUGUGGAUGAGCAAGGGAACGAGGUGAUCUUGAGAGGUGCUGGGCUUGGGGGGUGGAUGAACAUGGAGAAUUUCAUCACAGGCUUCCCCGGAUGCGAAUACCAAAUCCGAGAAGCGCUCGCAGAAACAAUCGGCGCUGAGAAAUCAGAGUUCUUCUUCGACAAGUUCCUGGAAUACUUCUUCGAAGAUGCGGAUGCUGCAUUCUUUAAAAGUCUCGGGCUCAACUGCAUCCGGCUCCCCUUCAACUACCGCCAUUUCGAAGACGAUAUGAACCCGCGCGUGCUCAAAGAAUCGGGGUUCAAGCACUUGGACCGCGUCAUUGACAUAUGCGCGCGGCAUGGGAUAUAUACGAUCCUCGAUCUGCACACUGCGCCGGGCGGGCAGAACACGGAUUGGCACGCGGACCACGGCGGACACAUCGCGAACUUCUGGAACCACAAAGACUUCCAAGACCGCACCAUCUGGCUCUGGGGCCACCUCGCCGCGCACUACGCCUCCAACCCCUGGGUCGCAGGCUACAACCCGCUCAACGAGCCCACCUGCCCCCCGCCGCACACGCACCGCCUCAUCGCCUUCUACCGCUCCAUCCACACCACCAUCCGCUCCAAUGACGCGCGGCACACGAUCUUUUUCGACGGGAACACCUUCGCGUCCGAUUUCACUGCGUUCGAAGAGGCGAAUGUGCAUGUUGAAUGGGACAAUACUGCCUAUUCGAUCCAUGAUUAUUCGCCUUUCGGAUUUCCUGUUAGUGAGGGGAAGGGGAAUGAGGUGUAUAGGGGGAGUGAAGAGCAGAAAAGGAGGAUGAGGAGGGGGUAUGAGCGGAAGAGGGAGUGGAUGGAUAGGAGGGGCCUGUGUGUGUGGAAUGGCGAGUGGGGGCCGGUGUAUGCGCGCGAGGCGUUUGAGGGGGGCGAUGUGGAGGAGGUUAAUAGAGUCCGCUAUCGGGUUCUGCAGGACCAGUUGGAGAUUUAUAAUAAGGACCGACUCAGCUGGUCGAUCUGGCUAUACAAAGACAUCGGCUUCCAAGGGAUGGUGCACCUCCCCCCCUCAACACCCUACACAACCCUCUUCUCCUCCUUCCUCCUCAAAAAGCACACGCUCGCAAUCGACGCCUGGGGCUCAUCCUGGUCGUCCUCGCCCCUCCUCCGGGGCAUCUACGACCCGCUGAUCCAGCACAUCAAGGAUCAUGUCCCGGAGGAGUAUAGGAAUUUGUAUCCGCACCCUGUGUGGAAGCUUGAGGAUCGAGUGGGGAGGCUGAGCCGGAAUGUGCUUGUUAGUGAGUUUUUGGUGAGAGAGUGGGCGGAGCAUUUUAGGGGGAUGGAUGAGGGGAGACUUGAUGAGAUUGCGAAGAGCUUCAAGUUUGAGUUUUGUGUGAAGAGGGAGGAGUUGAAUGAGAUUUUGAGGAGGAAUGCGAAGCUUGUUGGGUGA